AUGCCUUCUGUUCCCAAUACUCCCGAGGAGGUGCUCGCAUGGCUCCGACGGUCCCACGAAGUCCACGACUCUCUGAGUGUUGCGGAGUUCCACGAAAUUUACUCGCAGGAUGCCCAAGUCAAGUUUGCCAACUAUCCCGUCGCCGAGGGGCUGGACGCCAUCAAACAGUCCUUCAUCCCCACCUUUGAGAAACUUGCCUACAUGAAGCAUCUCAUUCACCAAGCGGACAAGGUGGAUGAUAGAGUCUGGCUCACCGUGGACAUAACGUACCGUGUCAAGGGCGACCCCGACAGUGAGAACAUAACCAUACCGGCUGCUGGUUUUGCCACUGUGGUCACGGAGGGAGAAGAGGCCGGGAAGAUUAAACGGUUCGAAGUCUACAUCGACAGCGCCCCGCUCCUCCAGAAGAUGGAAGCGGUUGCAAACAUAGAGCACGGGAAGUGA